GAAGUGGCCACGGUGACCCAUGGUGAGGAUGUUUCGAAGGGGCUGCUGGAGGCCAUGGUGGAGGCGCUCAGAGUCGAUGGCGACGACGGCGUAGAGGACCGCGCGGACGACGCGCUCGACGACUCUGGAGUGGUGCGGUCGAAGUUGGUCAGCAAGAGGGUCCAAUGCAAGAAGACG